AUGAAUGGCGGUUUCGAGGGUGGGGAGGGGAGAGGGAGAAGGAGGAAGCUGGGGAGGAGAGGGACGGAGAGGGAGGGAGGGGGAGGGGAAGUUGGUCAACAUGGAGCAAAUGCUGGCAACUCAAGUGCAUCAAGGAAGUUCAUUGCUAGCCAAAUACAAAAUGUUUUGAAGGUUAGGCCAGAUCUUCGUGCAGUUGAUAUAAAAAACGACAUGCUCUCUAAUUUUGGCAUCAAGAUUAACUACAGUAAAGCGUGGUAUGAAUCCAUGGUGCAUGCAACUAAUCCAGGGAGUCGUGUUGUUAUUGAUGCUGAUGACGGGAGGUUCAGGCGAUUGUUCAUUAGUUAUAAUGCAUGUAUUGAAGGGUUCAUUGCUGGGUGUAGGUCUCUAUUGUUUUUGGAUGGAACAUUUAUUAAAGAUCGUUACAGAGGCAUACUACUUAGUGCUACUGGGGAAAAUCCAUACCAAUCUCCACAUCGACUGGUAAUGAUUUCCGACGCCGACAAGGGUAUUAGGGCAGCAGUCGAGGAAUUCUUUCCAGAUGCAUUCCAUUCAAGAAUUGACAGCGAUCGAUCACAGGGCUUACGUCACUGUAAUGGGAUACUCCCCGGAGAGAUGGCAAACGCGCAUUUUCCUGGUAUAAGGUAUGGCCAUGUUACUUCAAACGUUGUUGAGUCCUUCAACAGCUGGAUAAGAAAGGCACGAUUGUUACGAAUCUUACCUUUGGUUGAGACCAUACGGAAGCAAAUAAUGGAGCGCAUGCAUGAAAGGAGGCUAGUGGGUCAGAAAUGGUCUGGAUACUUAUGCUCGGAAGCGGAGAUGGUGUUGUGUGAUAAUAUUCAGCAUGGUUUCGUCAUUACUCAGAUUGUAGGUCGGGACGGUGAGCAGCAGGCAAACAAUGAGGCUGGUCCCAUCGACAUGUCUGUUGACCAACCUCAAAGCCAGCGUACGCAGCCUCCUCACGCCGACCCGGAAUUGAUUGAAGUGACUUGGGACGGCAGACAAAUGAUGGUGCAGAAAGAACUUUGGUAA